AUAUGCAAUGCAUAACUGUGUUUCAGGGCGCCGCUGCCACGUCUAUGUACGAUUGCGAGGGUGGCGACCAUGGCUAGUUUUCUGUCUGACGUGUCUUCUUUUUAUAACGGCGUUUUGGAAAAACUCUUCCGUGCUCCUCGCCUCGCAAGAUCGAAGCUCCGCCGCGCCACCUGGCGCCUCAACGACGGCCGCCGCGAGCGACAGCGGCGUCGAGUUUACCAUCUACGACCGCAACUACACGUACAGGGCGCCGCCGCUGAACUGCACGAGUCGCACGCUGCUGCUCCUGCUCGCCAUCUCCUCGGCGUCGGACGUCGCCGGCCGACGUCUCGUGCGACAGACGUGGGGAUCGGUGAGCCGCACCAGCGACGAGGGUGACGCUGGCGUUCAUCGUCGCAGACGCGGGGUGACCAAUGGCGCGCCGCGGUCGAGCGCGCACUACACGUACGCGGCUCCGGACAUUCCGUGUACGAACGACACACUCCUGCUCGUGCUCGUCGUCUCGGCUGUCGGCGACGCCACUGGUCGCGCGUCGGUGCGUGACACGUGGGGCUCGCCCCGACGCAACCGCACGCAGGUCGUCGUCGCCUUCCUCGUCGCCGACAGCGCCGACGCGACGACGCGACUGCGCGUGCGCGACGAGAUGCGUCUCCAUGGCGAUGUCGUGCUCGGCGACUUUCUCGACACGUACGACAAUCUGACGGCGAAGUCGGUGAUGGCGCUGCACGUCGCCAGUCGGCGCUGCCCGCAGGCGACGUUCGCGAUGAAGAUCGAUAGCGACGUGUUCGUAAACCUGCUCGCGCUAACGCGCUACCUGCAGACAACGGCAAAUCGCACGCGCGCGAUCGUCGGUGCGCGAAAGACGGCGUCGCAUCCGUACCGCGACCGCCGCAAUAAGUGGUACGUGUCGGCGAGCGAGUUCGCCGGCGACGUCUACCCGCCUUACGUCGUCGGCGGCGCGUACUGCAUGAGCGCCGACGUCGCGGGGCUGCUGUACGCCACCUCGCGGCGCGUGCGUCCGUUUCGCAUGGAGGACAUCUACGUGACGGGCAUGCUGGCAGAGCGUGCCGACGUCGCGCGUGUUAAUCACGACUCGUUCGUUAUCCAGCCGACGGGCUUGGACCGGCGGCGGUUCCUGAGUCGAGUCCGCUACAUGCCCACCUAUUUCGUCUUUCAUCCCGUCAACCUUGUGCAGCGGCAGGAGAUGUGGCAGCACAUGCGCAAGUCGGACGAGUUUAGAGCGCUGUACGUCGCGUGAAUCACGUGGAACACUGCAGAUGGCGACGACAGCAGAGUUUUAAAGACAGUGCCCAAUGGUUUUAACAUUCCAUCACGUCAACUUUCAAUAUUGUAUUGCGUUAAACAUUUUAAAUUGUUGGUCGGUAGGAGGAGAUGAAUUAAGAAUGGUGAUACUAUCGCCACCCCGCGAAUAUUGUUAACAUUACAUCAAGAGUGAAUAAUGAUGAUAGAUAUAAUAAUCUAAUAAUUAUUAUUCACUCCUGAUUACAUCUACCCGUUUAUAGGGGCCAAGUGUUUUAGAGCUUUAAUAGCUUGUAGCGAUCAUACAAAAACAGCUUUUAGUGUAAAAAUUAAGACUUGAUUUAAAGGUCCACAAAUGUCACUCGCAUGAAGAUCGUUGUCGUGUUAUUUGUCCUAUCCGCCUCCAAUGAUUUACAGGUAGAGAUAGUCAGUCAAUCAUCCUUGGGAUAGGGCGCGUUAAAGACGCUGCCCAGUACAGCAGUUGCGUAAAAUAUAGUCAAUAACACGUGUAAACUGGUAGCAAUCCAAAGAAGACGUGGUUAUCUCCUUCAGGCUGAUACGUCAAUUCCGGGCUGUAUACUUAUACCUGUGUAAAAUGCUAGUUCAAAAAUGAUUAAACGAAAGCA